UGCGCCGGGCCAUGGGGGCCGCCGGGCACCCGGGGCCUGGCCUGGCGAGGCCCGCCGCGCCGCCGCUGAGCGCGCAGGUGAGGCCGGCCCCGCCAUGGUGGACUCCGUGGGCUUCGCGGAGGCGUGGAAGGCGCAGUUCCCGGACUCGGAACCGCCGCGCAUGGAGCCGCCGCACAUGGAGCCGCCGCGCAUGUCGGUGGGCGACAUCGAGCAGGAGCUGGAGCGCUGCAAGGCCUCCAUCCGGCGCCUGGAGCAGGAGGUGAACCAGGAGCGCUUCCGCAUGAUCUGCCUGCAGACGCUGCUGGCCAAGGAGAGGAAGAGCUACGACCGGCAGCGCUGGGGCUUCCGGCGCGCGGCGCAGCCCCCCGACGGCGCCGCCGAGCCCCGCGCGCCCCUGCCGCGCCCGCAGCCCGCGCCCGCGGACGGAGCGGACCCGCCGCCCGCCGAAGAGCCGGAGGCCCGGCCCGACGGAGAGGGCUCCCCGGGCAAGGCCAGGCCCGGCGCAGCCCGCAGGCCCGGGGCCGCCGCGUCGGCGGACCGGGACGACAGGGGGCCCCCCACCAGCGUGGCGGCGCUCAGGUCCAACUUCGAGAGGAUCCGCAAGGGCCACGGCCAGCCCGCGGCGACGGACGCCGACAAGCCCUUCUACGUCAACGUGGAGUUUCACCACGAGCGCGGCCUGGUGAAGGUCAACGACAAAGAGGUGUCGGACCGGAUCAGCUCCCUGGGCACCCAGGCCAUGCAGCUGGAGCGCAAGAAGUCCCAGCAGGGCCCCGGGCAGGGCGCGGGGGACACGCCCAGGCCCGCGUACCGGGGGCGCGCCUCGGAGAGCGGUUGCGGCGUCGACGGCGACUACGAGGACGCCGAGUUGAACCCUCGCUUCCUGAAGGACAACCUGAUCAACGCCAAUGGCGGAGGCAGACCCCCUUGGCCGCCCCUGGAGUACCAGCCCUACCAGAGCAUCUACGUCGGGGGCCUGAUGGGGGAUGGGGAGGGCAGGGGCCCCCUCCUGCGCAGCCAGAGCACCUCGGAGCAGGAGAAGCGCCUCACCUGGCCGCGCAGGUCCUACUCCCCCCGGAGCUUUGAGGACUGUGGAGGCGGCUACACCCCGGACUGCAGCUCCAACGAGAACCUCACGUCCAGCGAGGAGGACUUCUCCUCCGGCCAGUCCAGCCGCGUGUCUUCCAGCCCCACCACCUACCGCAUGUUCCGGGACAAGAGCCGCUCACCCUCGCAGAACUCGCAGCAGUCCUUUGACAGCAGCAGCCCCCCGACGCCGCAGUGCCACAAGCGACACCGGCUCUGCCAGAUUGUCGUGUCGGAGGCCACCAUCGUGGGCGUCCGCAAGACCGGGCAGAUCUGGCCCAGCGAUGGAGACGGCGCCUUCCAUGGAGAGGCAGCAGAUAGCUGGCUGUCAUUGCUCAGACGGUGUGCACCAGGGUAAACAUGACAGAGGACACAGACUUUCCUUUAGGUGACAGCUGAUAUCCUGGGUCUGCAGAUGGAUGUAGGUCCUACCGUUACCUUCUCACCAUGUUACGUAUGUCACUGCCCAUGUUAUCCGCUGGAGGAGAUAUCAUUGAUCUCACAUCCCCCAAAUGUCUCAGAACCUCUUUGAUCUGGAAUGAAGCAGAGAUGAACAGAGAAACGUGGAAUUGUUCUAUGAGAACUGAAGUCUGGACUCCGGACAGCUGGGUCUGUACAGUCCUGGAGGGUCAUUUCUUCUCUUCUUGGCAGAUUAUUAAACCGCUGAUUCAGCA